AUGUGGACUGUCAAUGCCAUUGGCCGGCUAGGUAAUCUAAUGGGAGAGUAUGCCACACUUUAUUCCCUUGCCAAAAUGAAUGGUCGACAAGCCUAUAUCUUGCCAGGGAUGCACAGCCAGCUGUCAAGGAUCUUUAAAAUAAGAUUGCCAGUACUUCACCAGGAAGUAGCUAACCGCCUCAAAUGGAGGAAUUACGGACUUCAUGACUGGAUGUCUGAGGAGUACCGACAUAUUGAAGCAGAAUAUAUUCAUCUCAGUGGCUACCCAUGUUCUUUUACAUUUUACAACCACAUAAAAGAUGAGAUUCUCAGAGAAUUUACAUUCCAUGACUUUAUUAAAGAAGAGUCUUAUGCAUAUCUGAACAAUGUGCGCGGUGCCAAAAAAAAUGUGACUUUUGUAGGUAUACAUGUCCGACGAGGAGACUAUGUUCAUGUUAUGCCCAACACAUGGAAAGGGGUGGUUGCUGAUAAAGGAUAUCUGCAAAAAGCCAUGGACUAUUUCAGAAAGAAGUAUGAAAACCCACUAUUUAUUGUAACCAGUAAUGGGAUGGACUGGUGUAAGGAAAACAUUAAUAAUUCACUGGAAGAUGUUCACUUUGCUGGAGAUGGUCAAGAAGGAUCCCCGGGACGGGACUUUGCCCUUCUGUCACAUUGCAACCACACCAUCAUGACUAUAGGGACCUUUGGUAUUUGGGUGGGCUAUCUGGUAGGUGGUGAAAACCAUCUAUUUAACAAACUACACACUGCCUGA